AUGUGUCCCAUUCACGACAAACUUUACCCGACAUACGAUAAACUGUACCCGACUUACGGUGACCUGUACCCGACUUACGAUGAACUGUACCCGACAUACGAUGAACUGUUCCCGACUUACGACAAACUGCACCCGAUUUAUGAUGAACUGUACCCGACUUAUGAUAAACUGUAUCUGACUUACGGUGAAUUGUACCCGACUAACGAUAAACUGUACCCGACUUAUGAUAAACUGUACCCGACUUAUGAUAAAUUGUUCCCGACUUAUGAUGAACUGUACCCGACUUAUGAACUUGACCUGUACCCGACUUACGAUGAACUGUACCCGACUUAUGAUGAACUGUACCCGACUUAUGAUAAACUGUACCCGACUUAUGAUGAACUGUACCCGACUUAUGAUAAACUGUACCCGACUUAUGAUGAACUGUACCCGACUUAUGAUGAACUGUACCCGACUUAUGAACUGUACCCGACUUAUGAUAAACUGUACCCGACUUACGGUGAACUGUAG